UGACCCGGUCUCUGCAAUUUCUGCCGUCUCUAUGUAUGUUUAACUGCCUCAAAGCUUUAAUCUCUACUUGGAUUGAUUGAAACAUGCUCGCAAAGUAUUAUACCACCCCAGGUUGACACGGUUGAGAUUUGUUUUCGUUCCACUUUCCUAAAAACGUGGGUGACUGCAUCAAUAUCGGCACGAACAAAGGAGUAACAGAGAGACUGGCCAACAUCGACAUCGACACAAAUCGAAAGUAGGAGAGAGGAAGGGACAAUAACUGUCGGUGGUUCAAUUCAGUAUGUCGAAUCGGACCAUUAGGAUUCAAUCUGGUUUCUUGCGCCGUCAGGUCGAGUGGGACUGGGAAUGCGAACUGAGUCAUAGCUAAUACGACUGACAGCGGGUGAUUAGUUGAGCGUUUGGCCAUUGAGAGAAAGUGUCGAACAAGAUGUAGGCGUCGCGGAGCAGGAACACUGCGAUGCGAAAUCUACUCCCGUUUGCUUCCGAUCUCGUCUGGAUUUCUCCUAGUAUCUUGAAUAACCUUCUCCGCCUCCAAAUCCACGCGGCACAUCCUCCUCCAUCGCCCUUCCCAAUCUGUGCUUCCGUUCUCCGCGCACAUAUUCAUACGCUGCUGUCCACCGGCACGGCGCCUGGGGCCCCUGCCACCGCCUCGAACUCGGAUAUCCAUGCAGCGAGUCCUCCUUCUGGCAAGAGCUGCACUUCUGGCGGCGUGCGGGACGCUCGGUGCAUGUUCGACGAAAUGCCCCAGCGGGACAGCUCUAUCGCGGGCUUCUGCCGCAUGCGCUCUUCAGGUUUGCGUCCCGAUCAAUUCACGUACAGGCAUGCGGUCUCGGCCUGUGCUACCUCCCUGAACCUUGGUUUGGCCGAGCAGCUCUAUGCUUUAGUGAUCAAAGACGGGUUUUGUUCAGAUGGAUACGUUUGUUCCAGGCUCAUUGACGUCUUCUCCGCGCAUGGUCGUCUAGACGAUGCUCUAGGGGUAUUAUGGCAGGGUGCCGCCAGAAAUGUCGUGUGUUGGAACAUGAUCAUCACUGGUGCAGUGCGAAAUGGCGAGAUUUACUUGGCAUUGUAUCUUUUCCGUCUGAUGGUGGACUUUUGCAAUCCAAAUCCUUUUACGUUGUCAAGUAUCUUAUGUGCGUGUGCUUCUUCUGGGAAACUAGAAGCAGGUGAAGCUGCACAUGGUUGGGCGAUUAAGAAUGAUGCUGUUGCUGAUGUGUUUGUCGCCACGGCGAUCGUCGACAUGUAUGUGAAAUGUGGAGUUAUGGAUGCGGCCAUGCGGCAAUUCUCGUCCAUAGCAAUCCGCAAUGUGGUUACUUGGACAGCAGUUAUUUCUGGUUUUGUCCAGAAGGGUGAGUUCGUAGAUGCAUUGUUACUUUUCAAACAAAUGUUGUCUUCAGGCAUUGAGAUUAACAAGUUUACUCUGACAAGUGUACUACUUGCCUGCUCUAAAUCCUCUACGGCAAUGGAGACAGACCAAGUACAUUGCUUGAUUAUGAAGAAAGGCUUGCAUGUUGAUUUUGAGGUAAAAGAUGCGUUGCUCAGAACAUAUGGGAAAUUUGGAUAUAUUACGUAUGUCAAUAGGGUUUUUGAAGAGACAGGUACAGUGCAAAGUGCUUCCACUUGGUCAGCUUUGGUCUGCAGCCUUGCUGAAAACAAAUGCUUGAUAAGAUCAAUGCAGCUCUUCUGCUGGAUGUUUAGUGAAGGUCUUAAACCUGACAAGAAUUGCUGCUCUUGCAUCCUAAGUAUAGUUGACCAUGUUGAUUUUGGAAGGCAAAUACACUCAUAUUCUAUAAAAUUUGGAGGCGUCCAUGAUACUCUUCUUGGAAACGCACUUUUCACCAUGUAUUCCAAAUGUGGUAGCCUAGAAGAAAGCUAUCAAUUUUUUAUGACCAUAAAGGAAAAAGACAGAAUUUCUUUUACAUCUAUGAUUUCUGGUUUUGUAGGAUAUGGUCACACAGAUGAAGCAUUCCAGUUGUUCAGAGACAUGAUGGAGGAAAAGGUUAUACCAGAUAACAUGACUAUAUCUUCCAUUCUUAUGGCUUGCCAUGGUGAAUAUUCCUUGACCAAAGGAAAGGAGCUUCAUGGAUAUGCUCUUCGUAAUGGGUUCCUCAUUGAUCCACCUCUUGGUAGUGCGCUAGUCUCAAUGUAUUUGCAAUGCAAAAGACCAGUAUUAGCCAAACAAGUCUUUGAUGGAGUCUCACCAAAAGACCAGGUAAUGUGGUCUUCCUUAGUCUCAGGCUUUGCUUCAAAUGGUUAUAGUGAGGAAGCACUUAUGGAACUUCCAUGCUUAGUCAGUGCUGGCUUUGAGGUUGAUCAAUAUGCAUGCUCAUCCCUUCUUAGAGUUUGUACAAAUUUGUGGAGACCAAGUAUCGGUGAGCAAUUGCAUGCUCUGUCACUUAAAAGAAACACUAUUUCUUGUAUAUUGGUCAGUAGUGCAUUCUUGACACUAUAUGCAAAAAUUGGUAGAAUUGACGAUUCUUGUAGAAUUUUUAAUGAGACUGAAGACCCUGAUGUAGUCAUGUGGACAUCCAUAGUUGAUGCAUAUGCUCGGCAUGGGAAUGGCAUUCAAGCUCUUGAAAUGUUUCGACUGAUGAAAGAAAAUGGGGUCAGGCCUGAUCUUGUGACAUUUGUUAGCGUCUUGUCUGCCUGUAGUCGUAAUGGUUUAGUGGAAGAAGGCUUUCGCCAUUUCAACUCUAUGAGCUCUGAUUACGGGAUUAGACCAGAAUCACAUCACUUUGCUUGUAUGGUUGAUUUACUUGGUCGUUCUGGAAGGCUCAAAGAAGUGGCAAGUUUUAUCAGUAUGAUGCCUUUCAAACCUGAUCUACUGGUAUGGAGCACAUUGCUCGGUGCUUGUAAACUCCAUGGAGACGUUCAGUUAGGAAAUUUGGCUGCAAAGGAAAUUCUUGAACUGGAACCUCAAGAUUCUGCAACUCUUGUUUCUUUGUCGAAUAUAUCUGCUGAGUUAGGAGAUUGGGAACAUGUUACUAUGAUAAGAAGCCCAAUGAAGGGAACUAGACUAAAGAAGGAACCUGGCUGGAGUGUAACCUAAACAGUAUAACUAAUCGGCACUCCAAACUCAAAAGAAGAAUCACUUUGUUUUUCCUCUAUAAGGUUGGACAUAAAUCAGUUAGAUCAUCAUUAGAUGUUGAAAUGCAUCAACGCAGAGCCUUGACCUUUAUCCUUUCUUGAUAUGGCCAAGCCUUGUAGCUUAAGGAUUCAUCAGGUGAAGCAGAAGCACAGAAGACAUUUGGUGAUGGUUUCACUAGCUUUUUAGUGUCUCUCCACUGACUGAUCCAUGCAACUGAUAACUCAUGGUGAGAUGCUUCUCCCAAACCUAAUAGUGCCAAGCCAUGUUCAUUGCUUUUAAACAGAGAUUUUUCUUUAUAUAUAUAUAUUUGGGCAUGAAUAUUUGGUGUUGAGAAUAGUGUUAAACAGAGAUUUUCUUGAAUUAAAUACUAAUGUGCCACAAAUGCUUAAGCCCAAACUUCUAAUUUGCCCCGUAAUUAGGAAACUUUAUAUACAGAGGCUCUUAUGUUUUUGUUCUGUUUUUUAGCUGGUAUUUAUCCAGCUUAUACCGAUUAAUUCAGGAGGUGAUCGAUCUGAUCUCAUGAAAAUUUACUAUCGGCCUAGUAAAUCGGGAAGCGCUAUGUUUUUGUUCUUUGAACAUAGGUUAGCCUGUAACUCAAUCACAUAAUCAACUCACAACAUUAAUUCUACAAGAUCUUUGAUAGACGACUAACUGUUGCUGCCUUAAGUACCUCUAGAAAUGACACAAUUAUGACAACGAUGAUACAGUAGAGUAGAUUAAUACAUUUGUUCAAGUCUCAUGGUUUACAAUUUACAAUCCCAGUGCACCAAGUGGGGUCUUGCCCUGUCCGGCCUCAAAGUAGAA